AUGUAUUCCGGACGUAGUGGUCCACAGGGUUCUUCUCAGGUGGAUUUUAGUAUUAUUGAAUAUUGCGAUCGAAUUAAAAAAGAAUUUAGUUUAUUACAACAACAGUGUCAAAGUUUAAAAUUUGAUUGUGAAAAAUUAGCACAAGAAAAAAUUGAAGUUCAUCGUCAAUAUGUUAUGUAUUAUGAAAUGUCCUAUGGACUUAAUGUUGAAAUGCAUAGACAAUCGGAAUUAUCUAAACGUUAUUUAGCUAUAUGUCAUCAAAUACUUCCAUGUUUAUCUCAAGAACAACAAAAUCAAGUAGCUGCAACACUUGAACGUGCAAAACAAGUUACAGUUGCUGAAUUAAAUGCAAUUAUAGGCCAACAAAUGCAUGCACAAGGUGUUGCUUUUCCUCAUGCGCAUAGUCAAGCACAACAUUUUGGUGCAUCACCUUUUGGUUUACCAGGAUCUGCUGGACUUCCGCCUGGACUUCUUGCUUUACAAGGUGUUGCAGCAGCUGCACAACAAGCAUAUCUUAAAGAUGAAAAAGAUAAUUUAGAACGUGCAGCAGCAUCAUCACAUAAACGUCAUGCAAGUUCACCACAUCAUAUAAAUGAGAAAUAUCGUGGUCAUAGUCGUUCACCAUUUGAAUCAAAAAAACAUAAACGUGAUGAAGAAAGUGAAGGUGAAAAAAGUGACGGAGAUUUAGUUGUUGAUGAUGGUAACGAGAACGAUAAACAAUUAACAAAUGGUUCUCGUUCACCACAUGAAAAUGGUGAUUCAUCAUCAAAAAUAAAUUCGACUAUACGUCAUAAAUCAUCACAUCAUGACGAUAAUAGUCGAAGUCCUCAUAGUGAUAAUGGUUCAGCACGAAGUACACCUUCACAAAAAGGUAGUGAGAAAAGUGGUUCGACACCGAUCACAACAGCAGGAGCAACGAAUACAUCAUUGACCGGAAAUUCAGCGAACAAAUCAAGUUCACGUAGUGGCAUUCGUCAUUCACCGAAAUUACCCCCAGCUGCACCAUUUGGACCCUACGGAGCGUUCAUGCCGGAAAAUUUGGCUGCAUUUGCUGUUGGUCUCAAUACAGCCUUCGCUGGAAAUCCAACUGGUUCAUCUCGCAGUACAUUGAACGAUUUUUAUUCAGCGAUGCGUAUUCCACAACAACAAUCCUUAUUAAUAUCAGCGAAUGCAGCAACUAGUGGAAAUUUAAUUGAACGAAAUGGUAGUAAACAACAUUAUUCAUAUCAUUGUGAUUCAUAUGAUUCAUCACCAUCAUCAUCAUCAUUACAACCAUUUACAUUUCCAUCAGAUGCAUUUGAUAUGAUUGAUUGUCCACGUCGAAUAAAAAUUUUAAGUCAUUUACAACAUGGUGAUGUUGUUUGUGCAGUAACAAUAUCUGAUUUAAAUAAACAUAUAUAUACCGGUGGAAAAGGUUGUGUUAAAAUAUGGGAUUUAAAAGAAAGUACAAAAGAUAAUAAUAAUACAAAACCAAUUGGUCAAUUUGAAUGUUUGAGUCGUGAUGCAUAUAUUCGAUCGGUUAAACUUUUACCUGAUGGUCGAACAUUAAUCGUUGGUGGUGAAGCAUCAAAUAUAUCAAUAUGGGAUCUUAAUUUAACUCCAUCAAUAACACCAAAUAGUACAUUAAUAAAAGAUAGUAGUAAUUCAAAUUCAUCAACAUCAUCUAAUUCAUCAUCAACAAAUACAUCAUUAACAAGACUUAAAGGAGAAUUACAAUCAAAAGCUGCUGCUUGUUAUGCAUUAGCUGUUUCAACAGAUGGUAAAUUAUGUUUUAGUUGUUGUUCAGAUGGAAAUGUUCUUGUUUGGGAUAUACAAAAUCAAACAAUUGUUCGACAAUUUCAAGGUCAUACAGAUGGUGCAAGUUGUAUUGAUUUAACACCGGAUGGUUUACGUGUAUGGACAGGUGGUCUUGAUAAUACAGUACGUUGUUGGGAUGUACGUGAAGGUCGACAAUUACAACAAUAUGAAUUUGAUUCACAAAUAUUUUCACUUGGUUAUUGUCCAACAGGUGGUGAUUGGUUAGCUGUUGGUAUGGAACAAAGUUUAAUUGAUAUAUUAAAUGUAUCAUCAAAUAAACCUGAUAAAUAUCGUUUAACAUUACAUGAAAGUUGUGUAUUAUCAUUAAAAUUUGCACAUACAGGAAAAUGGUUUGUAUCAACAAGUAAAGAUAAUCAAUUAACUGGAUGGAAAACACCAUAUGGUGCAAAAUUAUUUGAUAAUAAAGAAGGUUCGUCUGUAUUAAGUUGCGAUGUAUCUCAAGAUGAUAUGUUUAUUGUGACCGGUUCCGGUGAUAAAAAAGCGACUUUAUAUGAAGUUAUUUAUGAAAGAUAA